AAAAUAGAAGAAGAAAUGUUGUUACUGCUGAGUGCAGUUAUGGGAGGUUGCUGCACUCACCGACGAAGGCAAUUUUCAGUCUGUGAGCUGUCUGCUACAAAUAUUUGAAAACACUGACUGUAGUUUUGCGAACAGACUGUUCUGUAUCUAACAUUGCAGUUCCCUUUAACUUGUGGCCUUGAGGUCCUCCAUCAUGGGUGCUGAACAAAGUGGCGAUUCAGAGCAUAAGCACUCCGACUGCAGUACUGCAGUUGUGUCCUCUCCUGCAAAACAAAGAGCCAAAAUGGAUGACAUUGUAGUAGUUGCCCAAGGAACACAAACAUUACGUAACAUUCACAAUGAUCCGGAUGUUAUCAAGCUCCAAGAAAUCCCAACUUUCCAACCACUUUUGAAAGGUGUUUUGAGUGGCCAAACCUCUCCUAGUAGUGUCUGUUUAGAGAAACUGGACACUGUACAUGUACUGCAGCUUUGUCUUCGCUACCAGGACCACCUCCAUCAGUGUGCUGAAGCUGUGGCAUUUGACCAGAAUGCCCUCGUCAAAAGAAUCAAAGAGAUGGAUCUCUCUGUAGAGGCCUUAUUUAGCAUCAUGCAGGACCGGCAGAAGCGCUAUGCUAAGUACGCAGAACAAAUCCAGAAGGUCAAUGAGAUGUCCAUGAUUCUUCGGCGCAUCCAGAUGGGCAUUGAUCAGACUGUGCCUUUGAUGGAGCGUCUCAACAAUUUACUCCCUGAGAGUGAACAACUUGAGCCUUUCAGCAUGAAGCAAGACAGUGGGACCAAGUAGCAACACUACUGAUGUUGUGAGGCCUCGACCUUGGAUGGAGCAAAUUAAGAUUUAUUAAGUCCAUUGCUCAUUGUCAUGCUUCAAACAAAUCUGGGAAACGAACAGAAUUACAUCACUGACCUGCAGUUUUAAAAGGCCUAAAAGUUUUGCAGCUAUUUCCUGUGAAAACGUUGACUGAGGAGAAAGCCUAAUGUUGUUAAUAGAAUAAUAAGAUUUGUAUAUUUGUUUUUAUUUCAUAUCUAUAUAAAGUUAUCACUCAGUAAUGUCUUUUAAAGCUUUUGGGUCAAUCUUAUCCCAAUAUUAAAAAUACAUAUAGAUCCUUGUCGAGGCAACAGCAAUUCCCUUCCUUUUAAAGAUGUACUGUAAUAGAAUGCAGAAGUGCAAAAGGCUUGCAAUAUUAAGUUGUAUAUUGUUCCCAGACAGUUGGCAGACAUCGGUAAAGUUACCAAUAUUGCUCCCUCUGCUGUACCCACACUUGUUGACUAGGGUGAUUUUCAAGAAUCAGAAUUAAGAGUUGUAAUGCUUUACUACUCAGGAUGUCAGUUUGAAAGACAGGGGGCCUUAGCCCCCAUGGUUGUAUGUAAUGUGUUUGCAAAGCAUGCUGAAAAAUUUCAUCACAUCUUAAAAGGGCUUCAAUGAAUUAUUAUUAAAGGAACACUUCACGUUUUUUCAUAUUAAACUACUUUAUUCGCUUAA